AUGGGUCUGGAGAAGGAGAAAUCGGACACCAGUAUCAUUAUGGACGAAGAUGAGUUCAACAGAUCGAUAGAACCCAUUCUGUCGAAGAAGGGGAAGGUGUAUACAGCGGCACCGGACCGAGAUCCAAACGACAUCAACGCGCACUUGAAGGUCGGUUUCGAAGAUGUCAUCGCGGAGCCCAUCUCCACGCACAGCUUCGACAAAGUGUGGAUCGGAAGCCACGCCGCGUUUGAGCUGGUCAAAUUCAUCUUUUACCGCCUGCUGACCACGCUGCUGGCCGUGCCCAUGGCGUUCAUCCUCGGACUGGUCUUCGGGGUGCUCAGCUGCAUCCACAUCUGGUUGGUGAUGCCUGUGAUCCACAGCUGCAUGAUGCUCCUGCCGUCCAUCCAGGUAGUGUGGAGGAGUCUGACGGACAUGUUCAUCACGCCGUUCUUCCACAGCAUGGGGAAGAGCCUGUCCUUCAUUCAAGUUAAAACCACAGAGAACUGAUGCUGACGCCUCUCUGACCCUGAGGAGAGAGAAAUGUGGAGCAGAGUUGAGUCCCCUAGAAAAAAAAACACAAAAAAACAAGUGAAUGAUGCUAGUGGAGAACGCACAUGAGUUCUUAUAAAGUCGAAAGAGAAAAGUCCAGUGACACAUAGCUGCUGUUUCAGUAGCAUUUCAACAACAGUCAUCUGAAAUGUAGAUGCUGCAAAAUGUGCCUUUAUUUGACCUGAGUGCUUGUUGAUGUUUAUGGUUAAUAGACCUAAUUUAUCACCAUAGCAACACAAGAGGUUGUGACAAACAUUUUGCCUGUCUGAGACUUUAUAAGGAGCUCAUGUGCGCCACCCAAAAUGGAGUUGUUUUGCUGAUUGUGACCAAAAGAAAUUCUUGUCAUUCCAUUACUUAGUGGCUGAGAGAGAGAUGUGGAGUCAGUCAGAGUGUAACGUCAUUGUUUAGGCAUGAUUACUGCUGCCUUGCUGAGAGAUGUAAUAUUUCUGCUUUUAUAUAUAUAUAUAUAUAUAUUGUAUAUAUUGCACAGAAUUCAGCCAGAGGUAGAGUGUAGUUUAUGUGAAUAUUAAAUGCUAAGAUGCAGCUUGUUGCACAUUUGCAGGCUUAUUCUGUGUGCUGUGUUGAUUUCACAGUGCACUGGCAGUAAUGUUGGACCAACACUAAGUUAUACGCAGUAGAGCUGAUAUAACAUGUUAAAAAUAACAACAAAAAAACAAAACAUGAAAGUCGUUCCCUUUAGUAACUGCAGUGUGAAGAAGAUUCACCACAUUUCGUACUGUGUUUGGUUGAAGCCUCGUUGAGCGGAGACUCCGGUACAUGCAUAUUUAAUUCAGAGGUGCUUGGUUUUGAAGGAAUCAGACAGCGACGUGUUGUAGAGUUUUAGGUACAAACCUGCACAGUUCACCGCUAACUACGAGCUGUACAAUCUGAAAUUUAGACGCUGAUACAGAGAGGAUCAGUGUCACAGUGUCAGUGCAUAAACAGACACAUACUGUAUGUUCUAAUACCAUGUACUGUAUCUGUCUUUAAUCAUUGGAAUCAAGGUCUAAUUUUCAUCUGUGCAGCCAUACGAUACUUAUAGGAGCUGUUGUACAUUUUGCUGUUGCUGCAGAUCCAACAUUAGCUGACAGCCUAGAGGAACUGUAGCAUGUUCAGCAUGAAACUUCAUCCCUUUGCUCACCAUAACACCAGUGUUUUGCUUCUAUUUCCAGCAUUUAAUCAUUGUAUUAGCAUGCUAACCAUCUAGCCUAGCCUGACGUCUUGUAUUGUAAAUGUAGUGGCUGAAGCUCUUGACAUCCCCUUUAAAGCUGCAUCCAUGUAUUUGAGUGCAGGAGAACCCAACAACAAGCAGAGAAACACACUGCAUUGCAGGCUAACCUCAGACACACGUCUGACACGACAGAAGACCGACGCUGCAUGACGUUAUGUUUUGUUUCCAGCAGCUCUGUCAGAGCUUUUUAAUCCUUCCACUGAUGCUCGUCUGCUGACAAGCUGCCAGCCGACAUGCUCGUGUUUAGUUUUUUUGGAUGCAAGGUAGGGUUGUGCAAUAGUGGGAGACACAGGUGUGUGGCUGAAGCUUUUUCUCUCUUCAACAUAACGUGUAGCACUAAACAACCUCAGCUCAGCUCAGCUUCAAAUGUCAUAUAUCUAUUUUAGACAGAAUCAUAAUGUGACCUGCAUCUGUUGAUUUAAAAAAAUCAUCUUUAUUUGUUUGCAUUUUAUUCUCUCCAAAUGUGUCCUUCAUGACCAAAAUAAAGACUUCUUCUUUUUUCCCUCCA